AUCAACAAAUAGGAAAGAACUUUUUAUUAAUGACUAUGUCUCUGAGAACGAUAUUGAUAUUCUGGCAAUGACUGAGACAUGGUUGCGUGAGGAUGAUAACGAAUUUUCUAUUGCUGAAAUCUGCCCAACAGGGUAUCACUUUUACCACGUUACAAGGAAAAACGCACGAGGUGGAGGAGUUGGUCUCUUACUGAAGAAAUAUAUUAAAGCCAAAAAACAAUCCCAGAGAAAAUUCUCUUCUUUUGAAUAUGUUGAUGUCACCCUGAACUACCGUAACACUUGCACCAGAACGAUUGUCAUUUAUAGACCACCGCCAUCGAAGACUAACAAACUAAGCAGUUCAGUAUUUUUUGAAGAAUUCUGCAUACUUGUAGAACAGUUGAUCAUAUUACCUGGCAAUAUAUUAAUAGCAGGAGACUUUAAUUUCCAUGUAGAUAACAUCACAGAUCCAGAUACUACUAAACUCAACAGGAUACUGGAAUCGUUUAAUUUACAACAGCACGUCAAUGGGCCAACCCACACGAAAGGCCACAUGUGCCUUAGAUUUGAUUAUAACAAGGAAUGAAGAUAAAUUAGUUACUGGUAUCAGAAUACAUGAUCCAGUAAUAUCAGAUCAUCUUGCCAUACAUUGUACAUUAAAAUUAGAGAAACCACCAUUGAAGCAAGCUGAAAUUUACUAUCGAAAAUUAAACAAUGUAAACAUGAAUAGUUUCAAUGAAGAUCUAAAAGUGCUAGAUUUAGAUGAUGAUUAUGAUUAUGAUCUCCCAGUCCUUAUUGAUAAAUAUGAAAAUACGCUGAAAGGAACAUUACAGCAACAUGCCCCACAAAAACGACGAAUUAUAACUCUCCGUCCUCUAUCACCAUGGUACAAUGAAGAGAUUGGUCAAGAAAAAAGAAAUCGCAGGAAAUUAGAGCGCCGCUGGCGCGCAUCUGGAUUAUGUAUUGACAGACAGUUAUAUGUUAAACAAUGUGAGACAGUGAAUGCCAUGAUAAAGAAUGCUAAUUAG